UAUCAAGCAAAGCCAACAGGAGGUGAAUCGAUACUUCGAGAAGGUCGUCCAGUGUACUCUCGACCUCCAAGACGCAGACCCAAUCAACGUGGACAAGUACAAUCUGGACCUCGAAGCGGAUCAAGCACGAUACGAAGAUAUAAGCACGGAAAUAAUCAACACUCUCGCAUCAAACGAACCAACGCAAGUCCUCGCUAGGCAAUACGAAUCGAAACCUUUCCGCAUCAACGACGCCCUGAAGCCCAACGUUCUAGCCAAGGAUUCUACGCCAAUGGAGCUACGCCAUUGGAUCGAGGCAUUCGAGGCCUUCUACGUCUCGAAUCACAUGGAAUCACUAACCGUCAGAGAGCAGCAAAGCUACUUGAAAAUUCUUCUCGACAACGAGCUAAAGACAAGAAUCUCGGCCAAACUAAGCGACACCACACCUGUAUUCGGCGCCGGAAGCUGCUUGGAACUCCUAAAGCACGACUUCGACUCAAGAUAUCCCCUAUUCACCAGACGCUUGGACUAUUUCCAACACAAACAACGUAACGGAGAGAACUUCACCGAUUUCUGGUCCAGGCUGCGUGAAAUGGGUAAACUUGCGGAUAUCGACAAGCUUUCGUCCGACGAAAUACUAGUGUUCCGAGGUAUAUGCGGUACUACGGACAAAGAACUCCUGGAAGACUUUCUCAAGCUGGCGGACGUGAACACGAAGUCGAUCGAAGAAACGGCACGCAUCCACGAAG